AUGGCCCCCAAGCAGCGCGUUGUCGUCCAUGCCUCUUCUUCCCGUCAGCAGCGCGGCUUCCUCAGCUCCGCCUGGAACGAGAUCACUUCGCCCGACAACACGACUGUCGUGAGAAGCGUGUUGGUCUUUGGUGCCGCCGUUGCUUUCCUCCACAGCAGCCUGAGCGAGUUCCUCCUCCCUCCGUAA